AUGGAGUACUUAAUUUUGGAGGAGAAAUAUAAAAACCUCUUGAAUAAAUCUAACCACGAAAAGGCAGUCUUGAAAAAGGAGUCAGAGGCCCUUCGGAAAAAGUUACAAAAUCUCGAAGGGGCCUACAUCGAAAAGGAAAAAGAGGUGGCGGAAAUACUAGAGGACAAAGAAAACCUGGAAGAUCGACUUACCAAAAUGGGGAGAGAAAACGAAUCUUUGGAGGAAGAAAUAGUAAAACUAAACGAGAAAAUCGUGGACCUGACGGACAUAUCCAAGACAUACCGACAAAUGAUAAGAAGCCGAAAUAAGGAACUGCAGCAUUCGCAAUUUUUGGUGGCAGAAAAUAUGCACCUUAGAAAUAGCCUUGAGGUCAGAGACUUUGCAAGCAUCCUAAUGAACAUGCAGACUCACACGCGAGUGAACGCGCUAAAUGUGAUGGCGCAUAGCGAAAAGGUGGAGCUCGAGUCCGAACUAGGGAAGAAAAAAAACGUUAUACAAUUGAUCAAGGAUAAGUAUAAAAAAAAUAUAAGCAGGCUUCUUGAUAAGUUUAACGAAAAGGACAGACACUUUUACGAGUUUCAAAGUUCGGUCGUAAGAGGUAAUCAUUUGGAAAGGACCAUAAAACUUUACGAGUCCAUAGAUAGGUGUUAG